CGUUUCAUGGUGCAAGUAGUUAAUCGAGUAUUGCUGAAAGUGUAUGUACUAUGAAAACAGUGCUAGCCUUCUUCGCGAUAAGCGUCGUAUACGCUCACGCUGUGUUUACAGGUUAUUACUGGAGAGAUUACGAUGCGUCCUCCAUACCCUGUGAUGCAAUACAAGGUGGAACGGAUAGCUACGGGCAUUACACUUACAUUGGUCUAAUUGCUCUAUCAGAUCCAGGUAGUUUAGACCUACCCGACAUGGUUUCCGCUACAAUUUAUAAAGGUGAUAAAUACGCUUACUCAGCCUAUCACAGUCGACUAUUCAAAAGCGAUAGAGGGGUCAAAAUUCUGUGCAGCGCUGAUUCCAAGAAUGUCCGUUGGUCGAAGUCUCUGGGUAAUGGUUGCACUUUGGUGAGGGGUAGCUAUAGGUACAGCAAACUACACAAACUACUACAUCGGUCGCACAAUUUACAACGGCAAAAACGUUACCGGAAGGUUUUCGACGGAGGAACUGACCCUUUACGUGCCUUGGACGCCUGAGCCACUGAGACUUAAAACGUUCAAGGAGUAUGAGAUGUUGAUGUACUGCAAUAGUGAGGAUCUUACAGUUCGGAGGGUGCCAGUCGUAUAAAAUUAAACAAUUCAAAAGAACCCUAUUUUUUUAUCGUAAAAUAUCUAAAUCAAAAGCUUCGCUCCGAGAGAAAAUAAAAUACGCAAUCAAAGUGCGAUAAGUGCGAUAUUAACAUUAAAAGAGCAGAAAAGCGCGAAAACCCAAUUGUAAAUAGCGGGUUGGAGUGCGAAGCUGACGUCUUAUUAAAAUUUCAAUAGGUCAUUUACGCUUAUACCUACACGUAAUGUUAAAAGCUCAAUAAUUGCAUGUCAACUUGUCAACUGGAACAAAAAAAAGAUUAGUUCGUUAAAGAAAUGGGGAUAUGCAUGGAAAACAAGUCGUCUCUACCUAACUUUGUUAACAUUUAUUGCCUCUUUCGCAAUCAAUUAAGUGCGGGUAGCAUUUGUGGUCGCGUUUACUAUUGACCGAUUGGCCGAAUAAUUUAAUAAAAUUCCCUCCAGGUUGUUAAUGAAAGAGUGUCGCGAGUUUUACCAGUGCUGAUGAUAAUUGCCAUUAAAUUGUCUGAUUUACAGCUACCAAAUGCUAGUAGGAUGUUAAUUUACAAAUUAAUUCAUGUUUUUUAGCAAUUCAUUAACUCAACAUCAGACACAUAAUAUGUAAUACAAUGUGCGAAAAAAUACCAAAGAAUACUACUGUAGAAUAACAUCAACUACUAAGCCUCCUCUCUCGUUUC